CUCUGCUCUGCUCUGGUGAGACCCCACCUACGGGGCUUGCAUCCAGCUCUGGGGUCAUCAGCACAGGAAGGACAUGGUCUUGUUGGAGCGAGUGCAGAGCAGGGUCACCAAUUUAAUUAGAGGAAUGGAUCACCUCUCCCGUGAGGAAAGGCUGCGAGAAUUGGGAUUGUCCAGCCUGGAAAAGAGAGGGCUAAAUUCUUACUAUCGAAGUACUAGAAUUGGUUGCCCAGAGAAGCUGUGGAUGCCCCAUCCCUGAAAGUGUUCAAGGCCAGGUGAAUGGGGCUUUGAACAAUCUAGUCUAAUGGAAGGUGUCCCUGCCCAUGGCAAGGGGGUUGGAACGAGAUGAUCUUCAAGGUCCCUUCCAAACACAGACCACUCUAUGAUUCUAAAGUUUUUUCUCCUUUAUUCCUGUCAUAGCCUCCAAAUUGCAGCUACUGCUCUAUAUCAAAACAUAUCAUGGUAAUCUACACCUGGAAGGACACUGAUGCAUCAGGCCUCUGCUGCCAGUUUUUCAUACAAAUCUGCAGCAUGGCUACAUAAACCUGUUCUUUGGGGUUGAAGAUUGUUCUGCACAGUUGUUACUCUGGCAAGGGGUACAUUCCUUCCAACUUUGGCCUGACCUGCAGUUUUCCACCUCAGACUGUAGGCUGAAGUAGCUUGAUAUUGUCCAGCUCUCCAGGUAAUGUGGUUCAUUGCACAUCUCUCAACACCUUACAGCAGUCCAGUCCACACACACACACACACACGCGCACAUAUGGUUAAGAAGUGCUAGGUAGCAAAAUAGAAAUAUGUGGUCUCUUCUGAGCCUCUGAGAUACUUCUACUUAUCAACUAGUCUUUCUGAUGGUCAGAGUGUUUUUCAGGCAUCUCUGUGAAUAAACACACUUUCCUGCAGGUAUCCUGCAAAAUAUCCAUUUCUCUCACUUUUCUGAGAGUCUGGAAAUACAGCCUUCACUUGCUGUUAAACAACAUUCAGGAAAAAACAUUUCCUGGCAAUUCUACUAUUAUAAACUAUAUAAAGGGCCAAGAAGAAUUGGAGACUACUUUGUGUAACCCCUGUCCAAUGUCCCAGUAGGCAAGACAGACAGAAAUGAGUUGGGCUGAUAGGCAGCUAUAGUAGAGAUCAAUUAAAAGUAAGAUGGAGUUGUCUAAUUUUCUGUGAAACAAGGUCAAAAUAUUUGGUUAUUGUGAUUUAGGAAAUAUAGCUCUCUGAAAAAUGGGGGAAAUGUUUUCAGAUGUGUGCAUUUGAAGUAUUAUACAAUAGAUUACAAUUGGUAAUAUAUACAUUAGAAUAAGUAAAAUGAAAACAUACUCUUCUGUGCUGACUAGUCUGAGAUAGUUGGCUUAGAUGUUAUUAAACAACAGCUGUAGAAACUGACCAACUUACUGGUGCAUUAAAAUAAUGUUUUCAGGACAUGCUUAAAGGAUUUACAGAGACCACAUGCCUGUACAUUUCUGGACUGUAAUUAAGAAGCUGAACUAUGGAAUAAAAAUUGUACACCUGUCCUAUUUUAUAUUUGGAUGUAUUACAUUACAGGAUAAAAAGUAAAGGAUUGUUGAACAGCAGUUUCAAGAAAUUACCAUGAUCUGAAUGAAUAAAUACCUCUCGGAAGCUACAGCAUAAAUUUUUCAGUUUGUUGUACAUCUCCUGCUGCUAAAAUAAUCAGCUGUGUCAGGUGGGUGAAGAAUUGGGCAAGCCCAAGCAGCUGCAGGGUUGCCCAGGGCCGUAUUGCUGCUCCCGUUCCCGCAGCUCCAGCCAUGGCAGACUUGUAAUAUCACCAGAAGGAGAAAACAAAGUCCUCUCCUUUAACAAAGAGCACUGUAAGCUCUGACAAUACUGAAAAUCAUGUCUUGAAUGGCCACCUAAAUAGAGAAAUAAAGAAGUGAGGACAAAAUAGUUGUAUACACAUAAUAGUCCUCAAGUGACAAGUAAGGAAGCAUUGAAAAAGUUUGUAAGGACUUGAUUCCAGUAAAAAGUCAUGUAAGUCAAGAUUUAUUUGUCCUACUUCCACACCAAAACAAAAAACACCAACAAAGCAACAAGAAAAAAAAUCCUAGAAAUUCCCAGCACUGCUAGUCCUUCUACCUACAACUGGUAAGACAUAAAAAACAUAAUCUUCAAAAAGAGGAUUAAUUGCAAAAGUUUAAGUUACAUAGAAGAACAGUAUUAGUCAAUCAAUCAUCUUCAAAGACUAGGGAAGAAAGAGUUGAUUAUUACAUAUUAUUAUCUUUAAAGGAUCUAUUUUUGUUUUUUUUAAAAUUAUGUCUCUUUAAGUCCUAUAACUUAAUUUUAUGCAUGCCCAUACACUUCAGUUCUUUGGUGCUGUACACCUAUCCUAAAAUCUUCCAAUUGAAAAUUGUUAAUUAAAUCCAUCCCUGACAUCUACUGCAUAUGGCAGAGUUGUGGUAGGAUUUAAGUGGACACAAUCUAAUUUUAUUUGUUUCUGACAUUGAUUCCAAAGACCUCUGAACAUCAAAACUAGCAAAACUGAGAGAACUAUAAACAUGCAUUGAAAGUGUGACUGCUGCUUGUCUAGAGAGUGUAAAGGAUACCAUAGUCAAAUGCAAACUGAAGACAGCUCAAUCAGGAAAAAGAAUGUGAUUUUCUAUCUAACCUUUCCACUUAAACUGUUUGGGAGCAAUUUAUUACAGGCAGUUCUAUUGAACAAACCUUGGUAAAUAUCUUCCUACUGAAAUGGUGAUUAUAACAACAAAACUAAUUUUAAGUCAGGGGGCUUUGACAAAUAUCAAGUCCCUAAAGAGACUGGAGACAUUAAUAUUACAGGCAUGACCCUUGGCAAGAGAACAACUAGGAACAAAGAAUUAUUACUAAAAGAAAAAUGAAGUGGUUUAGAUACAUCAAGAUCAAUUAGGCAUUAGUUUUAAUAUAGCCUAAAGUUAAAAGCUGUAAAACAACAGAGAAUUUUCCCCAUUUGCAUCAUUUAAAGUUCACAGCCCGAGGAAAAUACUGUAUAUAAAGAAACCAGAGAGCCUUCUGUGAAUUGUGUGUCAAUUAUCUAAUUACCUUGAUAACAUCAGGUGCAAACCUUCAAGGAAAAAGCUUAAAGAGCUCUUGCAGGUAUGAGUGUAUUAGGCGAGUAAUAAGACUUGUAGGGAGAAGAGAAAGAACUGUACCUUGUAUUGAAAUGAAUGUUCUCUCCCUAUUUGCAAGAAUGUGAGAGACACUAGUUACAAAAGGUUUACUGGAGUAUGUUUAUCAUCUCCAAAUGCAGCUUCUCAGCUUGGGAAGAGUGACAGGGAGACUAGGCGAGUUUCUGCUUUGACUCUUGCUUCCAGGCUGAGAUGCUGCCAUGUAUUCCAGCUAGUCGAGAAGAGAAUCCAAGGCUCCUACCUCCUGGCCUCCCUCCUUCCUCUGCAAUGUCUGUGGAUGGGGAAGGGUGAGUGCACUUUGUGAUCCUGCUGCCUGGGCAGCUCCUUGCAGCGGUAGCAGAGCUCUCUGACACAGGAGGUCAGCGACAAGAGCUCGGCCUACAGACACAUCGUAGGGCUUGUAUGGGGCAGCUGCCCUUGAUGCCCUCCAUGAAAAGUCUGUGUACCACCGGCUUGGGCAAUAGCUCUGAACAUUAGCUGCUCAGCAGCGGUGCUUGCAUCCCUGCUUUUCUGACUGAUAAUUCCCCACACCAGUUGUAGGAGUGUUGCCUGUCUCCACAGUGAGAAUUUGAAGUCUGGACAACAAGCUGCCCCAGCCAGGUGGGAAGGAGAUGUGUCUGCACUUCUGGUCAGCACCAGUAUCUGUUGUCUGGUUUUUGAAGGGAAAUUGUAGUGACUUCUUCAGGUGAAAGCCUUAGUGAGUAGAUGCAUAAGAGAGUGUCUGGUGGCAUGCUUGUAUUUGGAUAAUUGCUCUAACUAGCUGGUUUGUUUGUUUUGGGGGGUUUUUUUUAGUGGUUUUUUUUUAAGAUGAGGGAAAAAACACAGGAGUUUUUAAUAAUAUUUUUUUCUUCUGCCUAAGUGAUUCUCAAGUGACAUUCACCGCUGUUUUAAUUAAACAUACCUCCCAAUUUAGAAUUGAUAAGCUCAACUUCAAGGAAAUUCCAGCACAAACUUUUAUUUGGCAAGGGGAAGCAAACUGGUAAGUAGAAGGAUAGUGUCUCCUAACAGAGAAGUGGGAAGAAUUCAGAAAGUGCAGCUAAGGCAGAAGAACCCCAGUAGCAGCACCUGCAAACUAAUCUCUCACAGCCCUUUGCCACAGAGGUUGGCUCUGUAGCUACUGCCUGAACUAGAGGAGAAGAUGGAUUACUUGGUUAUUGUCACCUCCUUGGUGCUUCCCAGAACUCCAAUGGAGAGCAGGAAACCAGUCAUCAUUGGACAUUCCCCUGAAGUGCCUCCUUAGGCCACCCCACGUGCUUUAGGUAACCCAGGAGGGUCCAUUCUGGUACCACCAGCACAGGAGACUACAAUCAGGGGCAGGAACUGCCAUCUCCUCAUCAAUCCCACUAAGCCACAGGCCAUGACAAAGAUUUAUAUAAAGCCUUUACAAGUACAUGCUCAGGGUUGGUUUUUUUCAGCUGUUUGACCUCGGGUCUUGUUUUUACUUCCUCCUUAGCAACCAGCUGAGCCUUCUCCAUUUUCAUGACAAGAAACCUGCAUUUGCAGCUCUUAAAGAAGGUAUGACCCUGACCCUUCAAGGACUGGGACACACAACUGACAUGAGACCACACCAGCCAAAAAUCAGAUUCAGGAAAUGAUGCAAAGUUAAUUUCUGUUUGAAAUGCUCAGAAAUAUGGCACCUUGGAAAAGGAAAUUUCCCAGACCGGACUGGUCUGAGUAUAUCACUACUCAUACUUUUGUCUUGCUCAAAAUAAAGGAUGACAAAGAAGCUAACAGACUCCUGCCAAACAAAGGAGACCAUGGAUUAGGAAAUGAGAAGUUCAAACCUGUGGUACCUUGGCCUCAUGUUGAAGGUGUGGAAGUGGACUUGGAAUCCAUUCGAAGGAAAAAUAAGGCCAAAAAUGAACUAAAUCAUCAUGGUGUUGAUAACAAGCAGCAAAACAUCAUCCAGAGGCAGUAUCUCACAUUUAAACCUCAGGCAUUUGUAUACCCAGAUCCUGUGUUACGACCUGGAGUCCUUGGCAAUUUUGAACCCAAAGAGCCUGAGCCUCAUGGUGUUGUUGGUGGCCCUGGAGAGGAAGCAAAGCCAUAUGUUUUGGGACCAGAUUACAAAGAAUCUGUUCAAGCCAGCAUUAAAGAGUUCGGGUUUAAUAUGGUGGCAAGUGAUAUGAUCUCACUAGAUCGGAGCGUUAAUGACUUGCGUCAAGAAGAGUGCAAAUACUGGCAUUAUGACGACAACCUGCUCACCUCCAGCGUUGUCAUCGUCUUCCAUAAUGAAGGGUGGUCCACACUCAUGAGGACAGUCCACAGUGUCAUCAAGAGAACACCAAGAAAAUACUUGGCAGAAAUUGUUCUGAUUGAUGAUUUUAGCAACAAAGCACACUUACAAGAGAGGCUGGAUGACUAUAUAAAGCAGUGGAAUGGCCUUGUAAAGGUAUUUCGAAAUGAGAGGAGAGAAGGUUUGAUCCAAGCUAGAAGCAUUGGAGCCCAGAAGGCUAAACUUGGACAGGUUUUGGUUUACCUUGAUGCCCAUUGUGAGGUGGGAAUUAAUUGGUAUGCACCACUUAUAGCUCCUAUAUCUAAGGACAGAACUACAUGUACUGUACCUCUAAUAGAUUACAUAGAUGGGAAUGAUUAUUCCAUUGAGCCACAACAAGGUGGGGAUGAAGAUGGUUUUGCCAGAGGGGCCUGGGACUGGAGUUUGCUAUGGAAACGAAUUCCGUUAAGCCACAAGGAAAAGUCCAAACGAAAACAUAAAACUGAGCCUUAUCGGUCCCCUGCAAUGGCUGGUGGAUUGUUUGCCAUUGAACGCGAUUUCUUCUUUGAACUGGGUCUCUAUGAUCCAGGGCUUCAAAUCUGGGGUGGUGAAAAUUUUGAAAUUUCUUACAAGAUCUGGCAGUGUGGGGGAAAACUGCUGUUUGUUCCCUGUUCUCGUGUUGGACACAUCUAUCGUCUCCAGGGCUGGCAAGGAAAUCCACCCCCUGUGUACGUUGGGUCUUCUCCUACAUUAAAGAACUAUGUCAGAGUUGUAGAAGUGUGGUGGGACGAAUACAAGGAUUACUUCUAUGCCAGCCGGCCGGAGACAAAAGCGCUGCCCUAUGGAGAUAUAUCUGAGCUGAAAAAAUUCCGUGAAGAUCACAACUGCAAAAGUUUUAAGUGGUUUAUGGAAGAAAUAGCAUAUGAUAUAACUUCAUAUUAUCCCUUACCACCCAAAAAUGUGGAGUGGGGAGAGAUUAGAGGCUUUGAAACCUCUUACUGCAUCGACAGCAUGGGGCACACCAAUGGUGGCUUUGUUGAGCUUGGACCAUGCCACAGAAUGGGAGGAAAUCAGCUUUUCCGAAUCAACGAAGCCAAUCAACUCAUGCAGUACGAUCAGUGCUUAACUAAAGGACCGGAUGGAUCCAAAAUUAUGAUUACACACUGUAAUCAGAAUGAAUUCAAGGAGUGGCAAUUCUUCAAGAAUCUGCACAGAUUUACUCACAUUCCAUCAGGGAAGUGCUUGGAUCGCUCCGAAGUCCUUCAUCAAGUUUUCAUUUCAGAGUGUGACUCCAGUAAAGCAACACAAAAAUGGGAAAUUAACAACAUCCUUAGUGUGUAGACAGACAAAACCUACCUACUGAUGCAUUCAUUUGUACAGGACUGAAAAUAGCCUGAAAACUGCUGCAGUUAUUAACUUUGUACAGCUGUGAGCCUCCUGGCUUGGAUGAAGGACAUAGAGGAACUGUGAUUAUUACAAUAACAUUAUCAUCCGCAGUUAAUGUUUACAAAACUGCUUUACCUUAAACUCUGUAGAUGUUUACAUCUUUUUGUUUCAAGAUGUUGGUAAAUUAAUGUGCUGUUAGCUAUGGUUCAUAGGAACAUAGUUAAAAGCGUUGUCGUCUUCUUUGGGAUUACACUCAGGGGUCUGAAGGCAGUUUUUUUACACACGCUUGAAAAGGUUGGAGUAAUCAGAUUUUCAUAGAACUUGGUGAUUAUCAACCUGUUGUAUAUUUUUAUUUAAUUUUACAUCUUACUAAGCACUGCCACAGGUUAUUAGCCAGGGUGGCCUUCUCUCACAGUCAUGCUGCUUUUUUGGAAGAUGAAUUUCAACACAUUUAGUGCCUCUUUCAUUUCUCUCUUUCACAAGGAAAGCAUUUGUUGGAAAUAUAGAAUGGGUUGUUCUGAGGUGUCACCAGGGGUAGGGACCAACCAUACCACCCUAAGUAAUUACUGUGCUAACGAAGACAAAUUUCUAUUGCGAGUUUGGCUGCUCUGCUUCGACUCAAUGCUUGGUAUGGUGGAAGGACGACUGUCAAGUUUAGUGCUAAUGUGGUACAAUAUGAUGGAGGUAAGCACCCUCAUGAAUCCAGUUAAGAAUUUAUAAGCACUAAUUUGCUUGUUUAAACCAUGCCUUACAUAAAAAUAAUUAAAAUCAACAACAACAACCAAGCUGCACAAUUAUGUAAAACUUGUAAAGAAUCAAAUACUUAAUUUAUACUGCUAUUUUGAAUGGAAAUCACUUACAGGUGGACUAAAACUUUUAAUUAUGAAAAAACAUCCAGCUACUUAACACAUCCGCGUAAUUUGUCACAAGGACAUCUGUCAGCCAGUUUGAAUGCCAGAUUUAGAUUCAAAAAGAGAAAUGGAAAUCCUGAAAUCACACUUGUUUGUACUAAUUUUCUUGUUAUUUCUGUCAUUUGCAACUUCUCCAGAGGGAUUACAAACACAAAAAACCAACUGCUUGGUGCUAUAGUGUACAGAGUAGAAUGUGAAGAAGUUGUUUUUAAAAAUGUUCUGGAAAGGAGUUGAUGUGAACUCCCUUAGGAGUAUAAAUAUUUACCCUGAACGAAUAGAGAGGUGGAGGGGAAAUGACUUAUCCUCACUUCCUUUGUCCAGAUUUUGUGAUUUAAAUGUUGACAUCAGUGUAUUGAUUCCAUAACUGUUAUCCCUCUAACACAUCAUGCAAUUAAGUAUGACUAAAUACUUCCCUGAAGUCCAGAAUAGCAUUGCAUGCAGCUUCCAUUGAUGUUAACAAGGGUAAUGUAUCAUAUUUGUGACAGAGUUCGAUCUUUAUAGGGCUGUCAGCACUGAUCUGUUAGUUUGGGAUCUUUCCUAGUUUCUUUAAACUUCUCAUCUAUCCUUUCAGAGCUAUGAAAAAUAGAAAAUAAAGGAGGGAGAAACUGGAAAAAAAACAAACAAAAAAGGAAAAUAAGGUUUUGUGCCGGUACUUGUUCCUUGUGCGUGUGAAAACUGACUCCAUUUGUGUGUUGGGUAGAUUAAUUUAAUCAUACAACUAUGCAUAAGAGAAAGAAUGGUGGCACAUAAAUUGUGCAGGUGUGCAUUUUAAAUGGGUAUUAUGUGCAAUUCAUUGAAAGCUGAUGCUGUAUGUGAAUAUGAAUCUGUAUGUGAGACUGAAACCUUACAAACCAUGAAAUCAUAAGAAGCUGUUGCUGUAAUUACUUUUUUCCUACUAUAGCCGGCUUGGAAAAAAAUAAUUCCCAUAUUCUUGCUUUGUAAGUUGAUGAUAAUAUCACUAUGCAUUUCUACAUAUUUUAUAAAUUUGAUUUAUGCAGAUUUUGAUACACUGUAUGUUUCUGUAGAAAUUGUAUAAAUCUUUAAAAAAUUUAUUAGGGAUAAAUCUGGGAAACCUAUGUAUAUCUUACUCACGGGUUGCUUGUUUUUUAGGUGAAGUAAAUAAAAUAUUUGAAUUUUUCGUUUUACUAUA